GCAAGGAAAGCAUUCUGUCCAAUUUAUUCCCUACCUAUGCAGAGGAGAGAGAAGCCACUGCGUUAAUAUGAGAGACAGCGGGCAGAGCGAUGAAAUGAAGUGCAUGCAAACAACAAAACAAUCCAUAUGUACAACCGCUCCCUUCUCUCCCCUCUCCUAUGCCCCAGCUUUGUAAUCCCUCUUUUGCCCCCAGCUUUCCUCUUCUUCGCUCCGCACGGAAGCAGACGCUCCCUCCCCUAAACCCCUUGCAUACGCUCUAAAUCUUUGCAAAAUUUUGGCAGCAAAAGAUUAGCGGUUUCCGUUACCCGAGGCCUAUAAAUCCAGCCCCGUCCUGGGUUUUGCUUCGAAUCAUAGUGGAUCUGAGGGCAUUUCGCAGCAUUCAGGAGCGCUCUCAAAGGCGAUUUCGGCCCAGCUGCUUUUGGGGAUUUCUUAGCGCAUUCUGUAGCAUUUCUCAACGGGAUUUGGGGAAGGGCCUCCCAUGGAGAUGACUGACAUGAAGCCAGAGGAGAUGAGCCACCCACCCAUGGACCAGCUGCUAGGAAUGGAGUACUGCAUAGACUCCAAUCCAUCCUGGGGAGGGGCUGUUGUGCUGGGCUUCCAGCAUUUCAUCCUUUGCCUUGGGACGGCAGUGAUGAUCCCCACCAUGCUGGUUCCCCUCAUGGGAGGAAAUGCCCAUGACAAGGCAUUGGUGGUACAGACAGUGCUGUUUGUGACUGGGAUAAAUACAAUGCUCCAAACUCUGUUUGGAACUCGUCUACCUACCAUCAUCGGUGGGUCAUAUGCAUUCAUAAUCCCGGUCAUAUCAAUAAUCAGUGACCCCUCACUGAUGCAAAUUGCUGAUGACCAUACAAGGUUCAAAAUGACAAUGAGAGCCAUACAGGGGGCCCUGAUAAUAUCCUCCUGCAUUCAAAUAAUACUUGGCUACAGCCAGUUAUGGGGGGUAUGCUCCAGGUUCUUCAGCCCACUUGGGAUGGUUCCAGUGAUUGCACUGGCGGGGCUUGGCCUUUUUGAGAGAGGAUUCCCAGUGAUUGGAAAAUGCGUGGAGAUUGGUCUUCCGAUGCUCGUCCUAUUUGUGACACUUUCCCAAUAUCUGAAGCAUGUGCCAGUGCGCCAUUUUCCGAUUUUGGAGAGGUUCUCGGUGCUCAUCUCCAUUGCACUUGUCUGGGUAUAUGCCCACAUCCUCACUGUGAGCGGGGCAUACAAACAUAGCUCGCUGCUCACCCAGGUCAAUUGCCACACCAACCGUGCCAAUCUCAUCACAACUGCACCAUGGAUCAGUAUUCCAUACCCACUGCAAUGGGGUGCACCGACGUUCAGUGCAGAUCAUUCAUUCGGUAUGAUGUCUGCCGUGCUGGUGUCCUUAAUAGAGUCUACUGGAGCAUUUAUGGCUGCUGCCCGGUUGGCAAGUGCGACGCCACCACCACCGUUUGUCCUGAGUAGGGGCAUUGGAUGGCAGGGAAUUGGUCUGCUAUUCGACGGUCUAUUUGGUACUGUGAGCGGCUCUACAGUCUCUGUGGAGAAUGUCGGUCUCCUAGGAUCAACCAGGAUUGGUAGCAGAAGAGUGAUCCAGAUCUCUGCUGGUUUCAUGAUCUUCUUCUCCAUCCUAGGGCGAUUUGGAGCGCUCUUCGCAUCGAUCCCAUUCACACUGUUUGCCGCCAUAUAUUGCGUGUUGUUUGGCUAUGUCGGUGCUGUGGGGCUCUCCUUUAUGCAGUUCACAAACAUGAACUCGAUGCGCAACCUCUUCAUCAUAGGCAUCUCACUCUUCCUUGGCAUCUCCAUCCCAGAGUACUUCUUCCAGUUUACAAUAAGCGCUCAGCAUAGCCCAGCACACACAAGAGCCGGAUGGGAUUCAUCAUCUCGGUGAUCCUCGACAACACGUUGGAGGUGAGAAACAGGGCGAAGGACCGCGGGAUGCCUUGGUGGGCGAGGUUCAGGACGUUCCGCGGUGACAGCCGGAAUGAGGAGUUCUACAACCUGCCAUUCAACCUCAACCGGUUCUUCCCACCAUCAUAAGCUGGGUGACUGCGUCGGCAGUAGGACUUAAGUGGAAUAGAAGCCAACCGUUGAGCGAUUUUAGCUACCAAUAUCAUUGUAAUUAUGGUUUGGCUUCCAUAGAGAUUAGAGAGAGUUAGGAGUAGAGGUAGAACUAGAGCAAAGAAAUGCUGGGCAUGAUAAGAAACUGCCGUCUUACCAGCAAGAAAGCAAGGAUUUGUUGGUUGUGCUGGGAGGUUCCGGUGGUGGUUGUGCAUGCUUCAGUUGUUGGUUGGAGAUGAGCAAUAAGAAUCAAUUAUUUUGAGUUGGCUUUCCUGUU